AUACGGCUAAACAAAUGCCUGAAAAUCUGUAACAGGUCAGCUCCUGCUCUGACUGGAUUCUUAUUUAAGAUGCCUGUCAGGAGCCACUUGACAUAAAUCACACUGCAAGCAUUUUUUAAUCUUAGCAAUCCUUCUUGUGCCAAAGGAGGCCCCAAAGCUGCAAACCAGCCAGCUGUGACAGAACUAGACCUUUCGAGAGAACACAUGGAAGUGGGAGCUGAGUGCAUUGCUCACCAAACCAGGCAUAUUCAGAAACACAAUGAAGCUCUGAUAAGUGUAAGCCUGCUACAGGAACAUGCUCAGACCUGCUAAGCAGACGGAGACCCUGUACUUAGAGACAUCAGGCGGAGCUCUCCUGCUCCACAUACCCCCCUCCCAUCGGAACUGCAGCAGUUCUGCAUUGCAUUUUGAUGAUGUGUCGCAUUGUCCCAAAGGAGGGGGUUACAACUUGUUACCUUACAAAACCAAUUGGCCAAAUUCAGCCUUGAUGAAGCCCAUGGAGUUACAUCACAGCCCAGUUCUGUUCCCAUUGAUGUCAUUGGGGGUUUUCUACUGGCAUUAGUGGGAGCUGAACUGGAGCCUUAGCGAGUGCUAACACAAUAUGAUCGACAGAUACCAUUGCACUGAUCAACCCAACUUCCUGCAGGCCAAUACAUUUCAUGAAGACAGCUUCUGCCCUAGCUCUAGCUAUCCCCUGUGAUGCAGUCAAUAAGGCUGUCCUUUCUGACUCCACAGGCUCAGAGAUCAUGGAGAAGAAUGAGGCUGAAGAGACCACCUGUGGCUGGAUUCUGCUUCUUGCUUGCCUUCUCUGUGGUGGCAUUUACUAGUUUUCCUCUGCUGUUUCCAACUGAGUCCGAUUUCCAGUUCUUGGCACUAGCUGAGCCACAUGGGAAAGUCAUCCGGCCCAGGCGUCUGUGGACAAACACCACUGCCUCCGUCCCCCGGCGGGCCAGAAGCUUUGACCACAGAGAAUGGGAACCCGCUCCCCCUGGCACCGAUCAGGAAAGGCAAUCCUCACACCAUCCCCACUCUGCCUGCAAGCCAAAGAACAAGCCAAGCAGCCUGCGCCGACAAAACCACACACUGCUGAAAGGAAAGAGAAAGCACAAAGGAGAGAUUAGGAAACAUAACGUUGUGAAAAGCUCUGAAGCCAGCAGUAAAUUACAGCAUGAAAACAUUCCCUGCAGGACCAGUGGUGAGAAGAAAAGGGAGCUUAAUACUCAUUUUUCUCUAAAGAAUACAGGGAACAAUGUUCAUUUCUAUAAGCUGACAGGGAAAAAGGCAGAUAUGAAACCACAAAUGGAGGAGGCCCCUUUCUUUUCUCCUUCACUCAGCAAUAAAAGGAGUUUUCAGGAAGGAAAGCCGGAGUUUGUUUUACUUCUUAAGAACUCUUUUGCAAGCCAGCCAACUGUGGCACAGGACCAAUGCAAACCAGAUGUGCAGGCAGCUGGCGCUGAGCCGCAGCAUUCAGAUUCGAUUAAGGCCUUUAUCUCGGAAGCAGAUAGCAGGCUGCCCUUCAAAGGUGCAGCAGGCACGCAGAGACAGACAGGCAGUUACUCCCAGAGGCCUGGAGAGCCAGGAGCUCAUUUCUGGGUGGGUGUGGCCACGCAGUUACAGACAUCUGAAUGGUGUGUGAAGACUCCAGAAGAUGCCCUUUCUGCCAAAUGGGAGGGCCGCCUGAGGUUUGGUGAGAGGAUCCCACCUUGGUUUACUGCAGACGAUGUGCAGAAGAUGAAAUGGCUGGCAAAUAGCGAAGUGGUGACCAAAACCAGAAUUCCUGCUCACGGACAAAUACUCAGAGUCAGCCUUUUGGCCAGCCAAGACGCUUCCCCAUCUGACCCUAAACGAGACUGUUCCGAUGGGCUCUGUGGAUUAAUAAAGCGGCCCAGUGACCUCUAUGAGGUGCUAGCUUUCCACUUGGACAGAGUGUUGGGGCUGAAUAGGAGUUUGCCUGCAGUGGCCCGCAAAUUCAACAGUCUCCUGCUGCCCUACAAAUACACCAAUGGUGCCGCAAGGCCCAUCGUAUGGUGGGUGCCUGAUAUCCAGCACCUAGAUGAUGCCAACAAUGACCAGAACUCCUUUGCACUGGGGUGGCUACAGUACCAGUCUCUGCUGCAGCAGCGGUGUGGCAUGGCAGAUUCCAGGGCAGCCCUCGGAAUAGCUCCGUGUUUGAGUGUCCUGCACACAGAGUGGGCCAAACUGGCACUCUUUGAUUUUCUCCUACAGGUUCAUGACCGCCUGGACCGUUACUGCUGUGGAUUUCAGCCAGACCCUACAGAACCCUGCAUGGAAGAAAUGCUUCAUGACAAAUGUAGGACUCCUGCAGAGCUGGUCCUGGUCCACAUCCUGAUCCGGAGAAGUGCGCCUUCUCGCCUGGUGUUCAUUGACAAUGCAGGCAGACCCCACCAUCCGGAAGCAAAACUCAACUUCAGGCUCCUGGAAGGCAUAGAUGGGUUUCCUGAGACAGCUGUGACUGUGCUCAAAUCGGGAUGUUUACAGAACAUGCUUCUGAAGUCACUGUCCCUGGAUCAGGAAUUCUGGGAAAGCCAGGGUGGUUACCCAGGACUUAGACACUUGCUUCAAGUCAUUAACAGAAGAGGACAGAUCCUACUGCAGUACAUUCAGGAACACAAUUUGACAAUCUUUAAGGAUUCAUCACUUUAAAACAUACCCCUACAAGAGCGACACACUCGCCUGAUAUCAAGUGCAAGGUUGCAACCAUGGAUAUACCUCAGUCCUCUAAAGCUUUUAUGUUCAGAAGCUGAUUUUGAGUGCUUGGUUCUUCAGAAUCAAAUUCAGCAGCACAUCCUGAAGAAGCAGAAUAGAUCCGAGGAAGAGACAGAUGGGGGGAAGAAAAUUUCUGACACAUUACAGAAAGGCUGGGAAAAUGCAUUAACCAAGUAUGUAUUGAGCACUGACUCCAAUUUGGAUUUUCAAAGGAGUUGAAUCUCAUUGAGAUUUUGGGCACCUAACUCCUUGAGGUUCCUUUGAAAAUCUUAUCUUGAAUGUUACGGCAAAAUACUAAGGACAACAUGAGAAAUAUUAACUCAACAGUUUGAGAGACUGACCAAAGCUCAUAGAAGUCAAUGGGAGUCUUUUCAUUGACUUCAAUAGGCUUUUGAUUAAGCAUUAACUGUUUCAGAAAUAGUCAAUAUGACCAGUUUGGUUUGACAUAAGACAAAAGGGUGGCACCUCCAAAGUUAUUAUAUAAAUAAUGAAAUAGCAUG